UAACGCCAUUGAAGAGAAAAAUAUUGAAGAUACAUAUUCUGAAAACAAGUGCUUGAACCAAAGCAAAACGCGAAUAAACGACUUGCCGAGCGAAAAAAGAACGCGAAUCGAGUGUGUGUAAUUGCAAUGCGAGGCUCGCCCGGGUGAUCCGGCUGCGCCAGGUGCCCAGGUUCCAGGUUCCACUCCACUCGUCGCUCGACCCAUACAAACAACGGGCGGGGAGGCCGAGGCUAAGCGGCCAACGAAGGUGCUCCACUGUUCCACGGCGCACAGGAUGUUCUCGGGACCCAGCGGCCAUGCCCACACCAUUAGCUACGGGGGCGGGAUCGGUCUCAGCGGCGGAGGUGGUGGCGCCCAUGGCAGUGUUGGCAUUGGCGGAGGGGGCGUGGCUGGGUUGCUGGACUGCGAUGGAUAUGACUUCACCAAAUGUGAAAAUGCGGCCAGGUGGAGAGGAUUGUUUACCCCCUCCCUGAAAAAGGUGCUGGAACAAGUGCAUCCACGAGUCACCGCCAAGGAGGAUGCCCUGUUGUAUGUGGAGAAGAUCUGUCUUCGGUUGCUCGCCAUGCUGUGCGCCAAGCCGUUGCCCCACUCCGUCCAGGAUGUGGAAGACAAGGUCAAUAAAUCCUUUCCUGCGCCCAUUGACCAGUGGGCCCUGAACGAGGCCAAGGAGGUCAUCAACUCGAAGAAACGCAAGUCUGUUCUGCCUACGGAACGGGUGCACACGCUGCUCCAAAAGGAUGUGUUGCAGUACAAGAUUGACAGCUCCGUCUCCGCAUUUCUAGUGGCUGUGCUUGAGUACGUCUCCGCCGACAUUCUGAAAAUGGCUGGCGAUUAUGUGAUGAAGAUUGCCCACUGCGAGAUCACUAAGGAGGAUAUCGAAGUCGUAAUGAAUGCCGACCGAGUGCUUAUGGAUAUGCUCAACCAAAGCGAGGCCCACAUUCUUCCCAGCCCACUUUCGCUGCCUGCCCAGCGCGCGAGUGCCACCUACGAGGAGACAGUGAAAGAGCUGAUCCACGACGAAAAGCAGUACCAGCGCGACCUGCACAUGAUCAUACGCGUUUUUCGCGAAGAGCUGGUUAAGAUCGUGUCGGAUCCACGAGAGUUAGAACCUAUUUUCUCAAACAUCAUGGACAUUUACGAAGUGACUGUGACCCUGCUCGGCUCCCUAGAGGACGUAAUUGAGAUGUCCCAAGAGCAGAGCGCUCCAUGUGUAGGCAGCUGCUUUGAGGAACUGGCUGAGGCCGAGGAGUUUGACGUCUAUAAGAAGUACGCUCACGAUGUGACCUCCCAGGCCUCACGGGAUGCUUUGAGCAAUCUCCUGUCUAAGCCAGGGGCAUCAUCCUUGACAACAGCCGGCCACGGCUUUCGUGAUGCCGUUAAGUACUAUUUGCCCAAACUGCUUCUGGUGCCCAUUUGCCAUGCCUUCUUCUACUUUGACUACAUUAAACAUCUAAAGGAUCUCAGUUCAUCGCAGGACGACAUCGAGAGCUUCGAACAAGUUCAGGGACUGCUGCAUCCACUUCAUUGUGAUCUUGAGAGGGUUAUGACGGGCCUGUCGAAGGAGCGACUAGUUCCCGUCAGCGGUCGAGUUCGCCGACAGCUAGCCAUCGAGCGGACACGUGAGCUCCAAAUGAAGGUUGAGCACUGGGAAGACAAGGACGUGGGUCAAAACUGCAAUGAAUUUAUUCGCGAGGAUUCCCUAAGCAAGUUGGGAUCUGGAAAAAGAAUCUGGAGCGAGCGCAAGGUAUUUCUUUUUGACGGACUCAUGGUGCUGUGCAAGGCAAACACCAAAAAGCAAACACCAUCGGCAGGAGCAACGGCCUAUGAUUAUCGGUUGAAGGAGAAGUACUUUAUGCGACGCGUUGAUAUCAACGAUCGGCCGGACAGCGACGACCUGAAAAACAGCUUUGAACUGGCCCCUAGGAUGCAGCCGCCGAUCGUGCUGACGGCUAAGAAUGCACAGCACAAGAACGAUUGGAUGGCGGACCUACUGAUGGUGAUCACAAAGUCAAUGCUAGAUCGACAUUUAGACAGCAUAUUGCAAGACAUCGAGCGGAAGCAUCCACUGCGCAUGCCGAGUCCGGAGAUUUAUAAAUUCGCGGUUCCGGACAGCGGCGACAAUAUCGUUCUAGAGGAGCGUGAAAGCGCAGGAGUGCCGAUGAUUAAGGGGGCGACGCUGUGCAAAUUAAUCGAGCGACUCACUUAUCACAUCUACGCUGAUCCGACCUUCGUGCGCACCUUCCUCACUACAUAUCGCUACUUCUGCUCUCCCCAACAACUAUUGCAGCUGCUGGUGGAGCGCUUUAACAUACCGGAUCCUAGCUUGGUUUAUCAGGACACCGGCGCGACAGGAGCUGGAGGAAUCGGAGGUGUUGGCAGUGACAAAGAACACAAGAACUCUCAUCGCGAGGACUGGAAGCGCUACCGCAAGGAGUACGUGCAGCCAGUCCAGUUCCGAGUUCUUAACGUUCUGCGCCAUUGGGUGGAUCAUCAUUUCUACGAUUUCGAGAAGGAUCCUAUGUUGUUAGAAAAGUUACUGAACUUUCUGGAGCACGUAAAUGGUAAAUCGAUGCGAAAGUGGGUGGACUCCGUGCUUAAGAUUGUUCAAAGAAAGAAUGAACAGGAAAAAAGCAAUAAGAAGAUUGUAUACGCCUAUGGCCACGAUCCGCCGCCCAUUGAGCAUCAUCUUACUGUUCCCAAUGAAGAAAUUACGCUUCUCACCUUGCAUCCACUAGAACUGGCCCGCCAACUCACUCUGCUAGAAUUUGAAAUGUACAAAAAUGUGAAGCCCUCGGAACUUGUCGGGUCUCCCUGGACGAAGAAGGACAAGGAAGUGAAGAGUCCUAAUUUACUGAAAAUUAUGAAGCACACCACAAACGUGACUCGCUGGAUUGAGAAAUCCAUCACCGAAGCGGAGAAUUUCGAGGAGCGCUUAGCAAUCAUGCAACGGGCUAUUGAAGUGAUGAUGGUGAUGCUGGAACUGAACAAUUUCAAUGGAAUCCUCUCAAUUGUUGCGGCCAUGGGAACGGCAUCAGUUUAUCGACUGCGGUGGACAUUCCAGGGAUUACCAGAGCGAUAUAGAAAAUUCUUGGAGGAAUGCCGCGAACUUAGUGACGAUCAUCUUAAAAAGUAUCAGGAAAGAUUGAGAUCUAUUAAUCCGCCUUGUGUGCCAUUUUUCGGUCGCUACUUGACAAAUAUACUCCACUUGGAAGAGGGCAAUCCAGAUCUACUGGCAAACACUGAGCUAAUCAACUUCUCUAAACGGCGAAAAGUUGCCGAGAUUAUUGGUGAAAUUCAACAGUACCAGAACCAGCCAUACUGCCUCAACGAGGAGUCCACCAUUCGGCAGUUCUUUGAGCAAUUGGAUCCGUUUAACGGGCUAUCCGACAAACAGAUGUCUGACUAUCUUUAUAACGAAAGCCUACGCAUUGAGCCAAGGGGCUGCAAAACAGUGCCCAAAUUUCCUCGCAAAUGGCCGCACAUUCCGCUUAAAUCGCCGGGCAUCAAGCAGCGUCGUCAGAAUCAGACUAACAGCAGCAGCAAGGUGUCUAACAGCACAUCGUCAGCCGCAGCGGCUGCCUCGUCUACGGCCACCACAAUCGCGACGGCAGCAGCUCCAUCUGUGCACCCGGCCAAUGCAUUGGAUCCACCAACAUCGACUGCCAAUGCUGGAUUUGGAACACUCGCCGGCGAACAAAGUCCGCAGCACAAUCCGCACGCGUUCUCCGUUUUUGCCCCUGUCAUUAUACCUGGAAGGAAUACUAGCAGCUGGACUGGAACGCCACAGCACACUCGCUCGGAUCAAAACAAUGGAGAGGUUUCGGUGCCGGCGCCACAUCUCCCCAAGAAACCAGGUCUGCAUGUCUGGGCCACCAAAACGCCAUUGCCGAGUGCGUUAAAUAUGGAUAUGUUCAGUCCAGCGAUGCCUGAGAAUCUUCAAUUUGCAUUGAGCAUGUCAGACACGGAUGCCCCGUCCUCGCCACUGCCCAAGGUAGUAGUAAGUCCACGACACGAUACUGGGGAGGCUUCGGUGCCGGCGCCACAUCUUCCUAAGAAACCUGGUUUGCAAGUCUGGGCUGCCAAAGGGGGAUUGCCUAAUGCGUCAACAAUGGAUGUGUUCAAUCCAGCGAAUCCGGAGCAUCUUCCACCGCAGUCCCUUCCAGAUAGCAAUCAAUUCGGUUUGAACAUGUCGGACACGGAUGUCCCAUCCUCGCCGCUGCCCAAGGUAGUGGUUAGUCCGCGACACGAAUCCGGCAAUCGAUCACCAUUCCAUGGACGAAUGCAGAACAGCCCAACGCAUAGUAUUGCCAGUACCGUGACACUUACAGGAGCGAUUACAUCUGGAGAAGAGUUCUGCCCUGGUGGAUUCUAUUUUAACAAUACCAAUCAGGGACAAACGGGUGCGGUGCCUAUAUCUCCCCAUGUUAACGUCCCGACGGCCUCACAUCUAGAGUACCGAGCAGUGCCGCCACCACUGCCGCCAAGACGCAAGGAACGCACGGAGAGCUGUGCAGACAUGGCGCAAAAGCGACAAGCGCCAGACGCACCUACAUUACCGCCUCGUGAUGGCGAACCCAGUCCGCCGCCUAUACCGCCACGGCUCAACCAUUCCAUGGGCAUAAGCUAUUUGCGACACAGCCACGGCAAAAGCAAGGAGUUUGUGGGCAAGAGCAGUCUGCUUCUGCCUAACACCAGCAGUAUUAUGAUACGCCGGAACUCGGCGAUUGAGAAGAGGGCAGCGGCAGUUACUCAGCAGACGGAGCCGUCGGUGGGGCCCAUCAGCACAACGUUAGUGACGGUGUCCCAGGCGGUGGCGACAGAUGAACCUCCGCCGCUACCGAUCUCACCCGCUGCCAGCUCCUCGACAACAACAUCACCGCUGACACCCGCCAUGUCGCCCAUGUCCCCAAACAUUCCCAGCCAUCCGGUGGAGAGUACUUCAAGUAGUUAUGCCCACCAACUGCGAAUGCGGCAACAGCAGGCGCAUCCGACGAUCUAUUCGCAACACCAUCAUGCUCCCCAUCUGCCGCACCAUCAUCAACAGCACAAUUCGAAUCCGACGCAAUCAAGCUCGUCCCCCAAGGAGAUCUUUCCGAUUGCCACGAACCUUCAGGGCACACCAAAACUUCCACCAAAACCUAGUCUAAGCGCUAACUUCUACAACAAUCCAGAUAAAGGUACGAUGUUUCUUUACCCAAGUACAAACCAAGAAUAAUUUAAAUUGCCUGGCGAUGUGAUAGGACAAAAACUACGAGUAUGAUCCAUAAGAUUCAAAAUUGAGAGUACUGCCAGUGUGCAGAUAUACAUAUAUUAACGGAACGUGAGAUAGUUACGUAGGCACAGUUUAUGUAUUAUAAUUUGCAUACGUAUGGCAGAUAUGCAGAUAUGGACCGAGUUGGAUCUAAUGAUUUUUAUUAUUCGAAACUCAUUAAACAAAAUUAAAACAGAACACACACUCUCAUGACUACACAACACAACACGCGAAUGCAAAACACAAACAAAAACCCAACAACAAAUGCAAAAGAGAAAUUAUGUUAUUAUAUAAUUAUUAUUAUAAAUAUUUGUAAAUAUCAGAACAUUGUAAUGAUCGUAGAACGUAAAACAAUAAAAUAUAACCCUAUUGUUAGACAGUU